GUCGUUUAAACCAUUUAGGGCAGUGACUGGGGAUGGCAGGAGCUAACUGCGCCUUUUGAUCCAAAAGUUAUAAUAAUUACGCAAAUGAAUGGGAUCGUCGGCACGAAUUGAGAACGGAUCGUUACAACAGGGCCAACGGUAACGGUGAAUGUUUUUGGACCUCCACACACACACAGUCGACGAAUAAAUAUAAUUUUACAGCCAACAAUGAAGGUGCAAUUACCUACAUCUGCAACAUGGCUGCUAGGAGGACACUAGUGGGAAAAGUUUAGAGUGACGUUACUUACUGACGUGGGAGAAGUUUUAUACUAUUCCAGUCCAGUGCAGCAGGACUUGUUGGAUAAACAAAAUCCGUUUUUUUCUCCCUCCGUCGCCUCGGUUUGAACAACGAACGGAACACUGGAUUACCGAGUAAAUGCGGAGAAGUGUAAGAUCACUUUCGCCGUAGACUUUACCUUCUAGAUUUGUGGUUCCCUUUUCAUCCCAAAUAGUGGAACUUUCGUCCAGUGGGCCCAUCCUAAAAUGCAUUUCUCCAUUCCCGAAACGGAGGUUCGUUCGGGAGAAAAUGGAUCAACAUAUGUGGCCUUCAACAUCCAUGUGAACGGUGUUCUGCACUGUCAGGUCCGCUACAGCCAGCUCCUGGGCCUACACCAACAGAUAAAGAAGGAGUACGGGAACAAUGUGGUGCCUGCUUUCCCCCCGAAGAAGAUCUUCACGCUGACGCCGGCUGAGGUGGAGCAACGACGUGAACAACUGGAGAAAUACAUGCAAGCUGUGCGUCAGGACCCAAUGCUCGGAGCCAGUGAGAUGUUCAACAGCUUUCUAAGGAAAGCCCAGCAGGAGACCCAGCAGAUUCCAACAGAAGAGGUACCUCUGGAGAUCUACCUGUCUAACGGCCAGAAGGUCACGGUCAACAUCCUGACCUCCGACCAGACAGAGGACGUCCUCGAGGCUGUUGCGUCGAAGCUGGACCUUCCAGACGACCUGGCUGCUUACUUCAGUCUAUUCCUGGUUCGUGAAGGAGUGGACGGGGGUUUAACGUUUGUGAGGAAGCUACAGGAGUUUGAGCUACCAUACGUAUCGGUCACCAGCUUACGGAGCUCGGAGUUCCACAUCGUCCUGCGUAAAAGUUACUGGGACACGGCGUAUGACAGUGAUGUAAUGGACAACAGAGUGGGACUCAACCUACUUUACACUCAGACGGUGUCCGACAUAGAGAGAGGCUGGAUACUCGUUAACAAGGACCAACACAGACAGCUCAAAUCACUGCAGGAGAAAGGCUCCAAGAAAGAAUUCAUCAGGCUAUGCCAGACGCUGAAGUACUUUGGCUACAUUCAGUUUGACCCAUGCGUGACAGACUUCCCGCAGAAGGGCUGUCACGUGAUCGUCUCCGCGGGCAACAACGAGCUCAACUUCCAGGUCAAGCUGCCCAAUGAACAGAUGAAGGAGGGGAGCUUCAAGGUCACACGCAUGAGGUGCUGGCGGGUCACUUCUUCUCAGUUCCCGGUAGCCAAUGGCACAGCCUCCCCCUCCCCCUGCUCAGCCAAGUGCGACCUGAAGUUGGAGCUGGCCUUCGAGUACCUGAUGAGCAAAGACCGCCUCCAGUGGGUCACCAUCACCAGCCCACAGGCGAUCAUGAUGAGCAUCUGUCUUCAGUCCAUGGUAGAUGAGCUGAUGGUCAAGAAAUCAGGAGGCAGCAUCAAGAAGGUGUGUCUGUGUGUGUCUGUGUGUGUGUCUGUGUGUGUGUCUGUGUCUGUGUGUGUGUGUGUG